AUGCAGGGCUCCGGCUCCCUCAGCGAUAAGGCGUCCACUUCAUCUCAAUCCAACACCGUGAAGAGCCAUUCUUACACUUCACGCGGCCCGUCGAUCGAUAGCGGAAGGCCCUCUGCCACUGGCCAAGGUGCUACACCACGCGGCUACCAGCCCCGACUCUCCUUUUCCCAGCGCACUUCGAACGAGUUCAUGGGCCAGCGUUUUGACUCCGCGGCGUUGUUGAGUAAUCUGGAAGCGGCGUGCCAGUCUGCCGAUCAGAGCUUCACACAAUCCCUCCAGGCGUCGACCGCGAGCAGUCGCGCGCCCUCGGUCACCGCUCUACCAUCACAGCCACCGCGACUACAACAUUCUUACAGCACAGGUACUACGCCAACGAUUGGCAGCCCGUCCUUGACGCAGAGCCUCGCGGCGACCGGCAGAAAGAUGGACGAUAUCGCCGUCCCCCAGAGCGACGCGAUCGGCGCCCGCAACCCCAAACAACGUUACAGCGAUGAAGAGGUCAAGGAAAACAAAUUUCUGAGGAAGAAGACGGGCUUCACAAAUUUCGUGACGAACCUCGUCAGCUCGCCGCGACGACCGGCGAUCUCCGCGCCUGAGAACCCUGUCCAUGUCACGCAUGUUGGCUAUGAUCAGGAAACGGGUGAAUUCACGGGUUUGCCCAAGGAAUGGCAGCGAACAUUGCAGGCCAACGGAAUUACCGAACAGGAGCAGAAGAAAAACCCACAGGCAAUCAUUGACGUUGUUACAUUCUACAAGGAGAACACGAACACGGGCAGCGAUGAUUAUCUCUAUCACAAAUUCGACCAUGCGAAUCCGGGAGAGAGCCCACAACAGUCGAUGUCAGCGGGUACCUCUCAAUACAGUCCCCUCAGCCCUGGCCAGUCUGGCUCAGUAGGCAGUCCGCCGGGAAGUCCACGCUUCCCCAGGAACGAGGGCGAAAGCUUUGAAAACCCUCGCGCACCUCCGCCGGUCCCUCGGGGUGCAAAUCAGGGAUUAGGACUCGCAUCGUUAUCUGGCCAAGCGUCGAGUGGCAGCUUGCUACCAAUGAGACCUGCUCCAAAGGCGCCAAUGAGCAUGUCUACCAACAUGGUUCCUCAAAAGUCUUCCCUGUCUGGAUCAGGGCAGGUGUACCACGCCGCGGAUAGCUUCUCCGCCGUCAAGCACUCGGGAGCAACAAUGACGGAGAUCACAUCCAACUCGCAAAACCGAACUCGUUCGAACACGGGGCCCGCACAGCAUUACCAACCGCAGCUGCAACAACCUACUGCAUCACCUUCGCAUUACCAACAGCAGCAAGAACAAGCUAUGAAGGCAGCUCAACAAGCACUCAAAUCACCGCCGAUGCUCGAGCGCUCGCAAUCGGAACGUCAGCCGACCAACACUCUGGCCCAGCAGUUGCUCCUGCAACAGCAACAGAAACAGCAGCAGCAAAUCCAGCAGGCUCAAACGUUGGCCCAGCCAGCACAGGUUGUACCCGCCCAGCAUGCGGCUAGUACGGCGACUGCCGUUGCAGGUGUGCGACCCCGUCCGAGACAGCGUGCGCGACAGUCCAUAUCGGACGCCGAAGUUCUCAGCCGACUGCAAAACAUCUGCAACAGCGCCGAUCCGACCAAACGUUAUCGGCAGUUCGUCAAGAUCGGCCAAGGCGCGUCAGGAGGCGUGUACACCGCGUUCGAGAACGGCACCAACCAAUGCGUUGCCAUCAAGCAGAUGAAUCUUGAGCAGCAGCCCAAGAAGGAUUUGAUCAUCAACGAAAUUCUUGUCAUGAAGGGCAGCAAGCAGAAGAACAUUGUCAACUUCAUGGACAGUUUCCUCGUCAAGGGCGAUCUUUGGGUGGUGAUGGAGUACAUGGAAGGCGGCAGCUUGACCGACGUCGUCACGUUCAACAUGAUGUCGGAGGGCCAAAUCUCUGCCGUUUGCCGCGAGACGCUUUGCGGUCUCCAGUUCUUGCACUCCAAGGGAGUCAUACAUCGUGACAUCAAAUCGGACAACAUCCUCUUAUCCAUGGAAGGAGUCAUCAAAUUGACCGAUUUCGGAUUCUGUGCGCAGAUCAACGAAUCCCACAUGAAGCGCACUACCAUGGUCGGCACUCCGUACUGGAUGGCGCCUGAGGUCGUCGGCCGCAAGGAAUACGGACGAAAGAUUGAUAUUUGGUCCCUCGGAAUCAUGGCCAUCGAGAUGAUUGAAGGCGAGCCACCGUAUCUCAACGAAUCGCCGCUCCGCGCGCUGUUCUUGAUCGCAACCAACGGCACGCCCAAGGUCAAGGAGGAGCAUCAACUCACACCAACAUUCCAGCACUUCCUGGAUUUCGCGCUAGAGGUCGACCCGGAGCGAAGAGCUUCAGCCGGAGAGUUGCUACGCCACCCGUUCAUGCACAUGGCCGAGCCGCUCAGUACGCUCGCGCCCCUGGUCAGAGCAGCUCGCAUCGCUAGAGCCGAGGAGAAAGCGAAGAAAGGUUCAUGA